UGGAUUUUUGAAAAAUAAAUAGGAAGUAGGUAUUGUAAAAUUAAUCACAACAACUACAAAAAUGACAAUGGCUUUAAAAAUUUUACGCUAUAUCAGUUAUAGUCGUCAUACAAACUACACAAAUAUUUUGUUGAAAUCUACACAACCAAAUGUAUUACAAAAAUCACAGAGAAAUCUACAUGUUACUAAUUUAACACAGAGAAAAAUGUUCAUGGAAACUGAAAAUCAAUAUGCGUACAGUCUAAUGGAAAAGAAAGGUUAUGCUUUGAUUUCUCUAUCUAAUCCUAAGUUAAGCAACUACUGUGAAGUUGACAAAGAACAUUUUGAUAAAAUUAUGAAUGAAAACUGGUCAAAACAAUCUCCCUCGUUAUUAUUUGAGGCUUUCUUAAAGUUAGCUAUAUUUAGCUAUGACAACAACUUAAAUAUAUCAAAUAAAAUAUUUGAUUCAUUUAUAGACAGUCUUACUGAUAACAUAGGACUUGCUACAGACGAAGAACUUAAAUUAUUAUUCCACUAUUUACUCAAAUGGCCAGAAACUGAGUCAAUCAGAACCAGAAACUACAUAGAAGUUUGGGCUGCACUAGAUGACGAGUGCUUAAACCGGCUAAAUAGAUGGUCCUUUGAUCAAAUGUUGGGUUUUGUCUCUAUGUUUUACAUGCUGAAUGUAACAAAAUAUAGUGAUUAUUGUUUAAAGUGUAUACAAAAGCUAGCAUACAAAGCAAAACACUUGACACCAAAUCAAUUGGUUGAAACCUUGUUCUUUGUUGGAAUCAUGCGAAAAUCACCAAAUGAUAUGCAUGCUUUGGAAAUUCAUCUUGAUAAACUUUUCGAAAGCUUCUCAAUUGAUGAAUUAGCUAUUAUGUCUAUGGGGUUUUUCAAGAGUAAAACCCCAAUAAGGAGUAAUGAUUUAGUUUCUAAAAUAGGUGAUAAAGUUAUAGAGCAAUCUAAAGAUGUACAUGAAGUAUCACUGGCUGCACUACUUAAAAUUAUAAGAUACUCCAACAAAGCACUAGAUGGUCAAGUAUACAAAAUAUUAGAUGUACUCCAACAUGAAAUACCUAGAUUAUCUGUCAUGUGUAGGGUCCACUUGGCAUUACUGGGAACUGCAACCCUUUCAUUACAUAAAGAAUGUUUACAUAAGAUAGCAAUGUCUACUUUAAGUGAAAUUGAUAAAACAAGACUGAAAGAUCUAGAGAGAUUAAUCUUGACAUUUGGUACCUUAAAUUUUGCACCUGAAACAGAAACUUGUUUAUUCCAAAAAGUUGUAGAAGAGCUUCGAAAACCAGAGCGAUUACCAGAAAUUGAGAAACAUGGCAGGUCUUUUGCAUGUUGUGUCUCAUAUUUAGCAUAUUUGAAGAUUUAUCCUUUAGAUCUUAUGAAUAAAGUGUUGAGUCCAGAGUUUUUAGAAAGGACUUAUGGUAAACACCACAUAACAUAUGGACGAGAAGUUUUAGCAAUACAUAAUUCAGCGAAAAUAUUUUGCUCUGAAAAAAAUAUGAAUUAUCUUAGCGAUAAAUGUGCUACGUCCUUAGCAAAAAAAUAUACUGAUUAUGUACCAAAUGAAGAAUAUAAAAAACAGUACAAUGUGAGUGAAAGAAUGUUUUUAGAUGUUAUGAAAACUUUGAAAGAUAACAGAGGUGGUAAUGAGUAUGUCGUUGGUGGACAUAUUGUGACACAUCACCAAAGAGGAGAUGUCAUUGUAUGCAACAAUCAUGAUUAUCAACCAAUGGAAGUAAAAAAACAGUUUAGCUCAGUUCCAUUUGGGAAUCUACAUAAACCACCUGAUGGUAAUAACUGGGUAGCAUUAGUAGUUGCGGGGAGAAACACCAUGAUCCAGGAGACAGGCACACCUACCGGGCCUUUUGAAACAAAGGUCAGAGAACUCGGAGCAUUGGGCUUCCAUGCUGAGUUGGUGUUAUGGUCAAAAUAUACAUUACUGGAGACGAAAGAGGCGAAAACUAAAUAUUUGAACAGUCUAAUCAAAAGUGCCAUUCACAAUGGUAAAAAAUAUGAAAUUAAAUUAAUUUAAUUAAUGCAUAAUGUUUAAGUAAUAGUGGAAUAAAAAAGUUAAGUUGUUACUAA